AUGGCCAGGGCCCGCGGCCAGGCCCCCGGGAGCGGCGGGCGGCGGCGGCCGCGGCGGGGAAGCCCGGGGACCGGGCCCCGGGGGGAGUCGGCGGGUCUGCUGCUGCUCCUGCUGCAGGUGCUGCCGCCCGGGGCAGCGGCAGGCCCGGGGCGCCGGGGCACUCGGGGACCUGGCGGCGGCUGCGUCUGCUGGCCCGGCGCCGGCCCUGCUUUUCCCCGGGACGCGCGACUGCUGCUGUUGCUGCCACCCCGGCCGCCACCGUCGCCGCCGCCGAGCUCUACGGCCGCAGCCUCCCCCUCUCGGAUGGACGCUCUGCCCCGCGGUGGGCUCCACCUGAAAGAGGAGCCGCUGCUGCCCUCCAGCCUGGGCUCGGUGCGCUCCUGGAUGCAGAGCGCGGGCAUCCUGGACUCCAGCACCGCGGCGCAGAGUGGCGUGGGCCUGGCAAGAGCACAUUUUGAAAAGCAGCCCCCCUCCAACCUCAGGAAGUCCAACUUCUUCCACUUCGUGCUGGCCAUGUACGACCGGCAGGGGCAGCCCGUGGAGGUGGAGCGCACAGCCUUCAUCGACUUCGUGGAAAAGGAUCGAGAGCCUGGGGCAGAAAAGACGAACAAUGGGAUCCAUUACCGCCUUCGGCUGGUGUAUAACAAUGGACUUCGGACAGAGCAAGACCUCUAUGUGCGUCUCAUCGACUCCAUGUCGAAGCAGGCUAUCAUCUAUGAGGGACAAGACAAGAACCCUGAAAUGUGCCGAGUGCUGCUCACUCACGAGAUCAUGUGCAGUCGGUGCUGUGACCGCAAGAGCUGUGGUAACCGGAAUGAGACACCUUCAGAUCCAGUCAUUAUUGACAGGUUCUUCCUCAAAUUCUUUCUCAAAUGUAACCAGAACUGCUUGAAGAACGCAGGGAAUCCCCGGGACAUGCGCCGCUUCCAGGUGGUGGUGUCCACAACAGUGAGUGUGGACGGACACGUGCUGGCCGUGUCUGACAACAUGUUUGUGCACAACAACUCCAAACAUGGCCGCCGGGCCCGCCGCCUGGACCCUUCUGAAGCUGCCACCCCCUGCAUCAAGGCCAUCAGCCCCGGGGAGGGCUGGACCACGGGAGGCGCCACCGUCAUUAUCAUCGGCGACAACUUCUUCGACGGCUUGCAGGUCGUGUUUGGCAACGUGCUCCUGUGGAGCGAGCUCAUCACUCCCCACGCUAUCCGGGUGCAGACGCCGCCACGACACAUCCCUGGGGUAGUAGAAGUGACCCUCUCCUACAAGUCCAAGCAGUUUUGUAAAGGAGCCCCUGGCCGCUUCGUCUACACAGCCUUGAAUGAGCCUACCAUUGACUACGGAUUCCAGAGGCUACAAAAAGUCAUUCCCAGACACCCGGGGGACCCUGAGAGGCUGCCCAAGGAAGUGCUGCUGAAACGGGCGGCUGACUUGGCGGAGGCCCUGUACGGAGUGCCCAGCAGUAACCAGGAGCUCCUCCUGAAGCGUGCGGCGGACGUGGCCGAGGCUCUGUACAGCGCCCCGCGCGCACCCGCACCCCUCGGACCCCUGGCCCCCAGCCACCCACACCCCGCCGUCGUGGGCAUCAACGCCUUCAGCAGCCCCCUGGCCAUCGCCGUCGGGGAUGCCACACCGGAGCCCGGCUAUGCCCGCAGCUGCGGCAGCGCGUCGCCCCGGUUCGCGCCCAGCCCUGGCUCUCAGCAGAGCAGCUACGGCAGUGGCCUUGGAGCUGGCCUCGGCAGCUACGGGGCGCCGGGUGUGACUGGCCUCGGCGUGCCCGGGUCCCCUAGCUUCCUCAAUGGCUCCACCGCAACCUCACCUUUCGCCAUCAUGCCCUCUAGCCCCCCGCUGGCGGCUGCCUCCUCCAUGUCCCUCCCGGCCGCGGCCCCCACCACCAGCGUCUUCUCCUUCUCGCCUGUCAACAUGAUCUCCGCUGUCAAACAGAGGAGCGCCUUCGCCCCUGUGCUGCGCCCACCCAGCUCCCCAUCCCAGGCCUGCCCCAGAGCCCACAGAGAGGGCCUUCCAGACCAGCCUUUUGAAGAUACUGACAAGUUCCACUCUGCAGCCCGGGGGCUCCAGGGCCUGGCAUACUCUUAAUUACGGUCCGCGCAGGUGCUGCCCCCAAUGAGGCUGGACUGGCGGUCCCUCUGGAUUCACAUUCACGGCCGGGUUGGCAGCACAAACAGAUGUAGGGUCAAGACCUUGGGUAGACCUCAAUCCCUGGGAUACACAGGGAGAGGCCUUCACCUCUGUGCUCAAGGCCCCCUCAUACCCACAGACCCUCAUACUUACCUCCCUUUGGGGGGGGGCACAUUAGAAGCCCAGCACUGUGAGGAUGCUCUUGGCAAGAGAGCAUCAUAGGGAGGUGUUGUGAUGUCGGACCUUACCCACUGGGUUGGUUCCUCUGUAAGAGAUGGGUUUUGUGAAGACCAGAGACGUUGGUGAGGUGAGCAAGAAUUAGGAACCGUGGGAAAGAGGACAUCUCAGGGAGAGGUGAUCUAGACGAGGUCCUGAUUGCAUCUGACGAGUCUCACCUGACCUAGCAGCCCACCUUCUCUCUUGUGAACAAGGUGGUAUCUAGCAGUCUCAGGAGGCCCAUUCAGGCUCCCAUGGAGCUGCCCACAAGCCACUGGACCCCAAUGGCUGCCCCCACUUCCUCUGAGAGUAGCACAUUCAUGCGGAUCCCAUCACACCUCCCUGGGGGGUUUUAGGCAUGGAAGAUGCACAGAAGGGCCUCCUGAAAUUUGGCUCUUACCCCCAUGGAUGUUUCGUGAAUUUUGUCCCCCUACCACCACACACCCAACUCUAGUUGGCCGAAAAGAACAGCCUGGCUGCCCCUUGGUGGCCUCACACUCUGCUGAGUUUGGACAAAAUGGAACAAUAAACCAGAUGCAGGUGGCCA